CUGUAGUCCUGUGUAGCUGAGAGAAUCAAAAUGAGCUUCGCGUGUCACUAACCACAAUAGACAUCGUUUUAUAAUUUUGUAUAACUGAGUGGCGUACAAUGACGGUUAGUGUAAAUUACAAGUUGGUCAUUAAAAUCGAUCGUAUUCUUUGAUAAUAAAAUUGUAUUUUAACGCACUGUUGUGAUAUAUCAUGGCCACGUUGCAUAUAAAUCGUACAGUUCGUGAUACUACAAUACAAUUUUUGUCAAUAAUUGAUCGAUUGUUAUUGUUAACUAGUACAAAACCCAGUGACAAGAAGCAAAUCAACGCAUGCCUGAGUGAUCUUAAUGAACUGGAUUACAGGUGGCUGGAUGUUGUAAAUAAUGAUCCCGUAUUGUUGUUAGUGAAUCAACUCUGUACAAAUAUUCUACCUGCAGAAACAUCCUUAGUCCAGAAUGCUUGUAAAUUUUUAUACAAUUUAACAGAAAGCAAUAUCAAGCUUCAUGGUCGUACAUUUGUUGCUUGCAAGCGAUGGAUCUUAGAAGCUUUAGAAUUUUCUGAGCCACUGGCACAAAUUAAUGUGCUGAUUGCAAUAAAGGGCUUCUUACAUGUUGGAUAUUUCAGUGAUGUUAAUCAAUAUGCACGAUUAUUACUCAAGGAUAAGGGUUUGUUGAUGAGACACUUGGAUCCACUAUAUGGUCCAUGGUCUGAAAUCAAUUUUCAUGCACUUGAAUGUUUAGAAGAAAUUGUGGUAAAUCAAAAUGACAGUAAUUGCCUAUCGGAUGAAUUUAUAUUUUUGAUAAGAGAUAUUAUUUUCAAGAUUCUAUCACUAUUACCAUGUCGGGAAGAUGAUAAACUUUAUUAUAGUAAAGUUAUACAUUUGUGUCUGCAUAUCUUGCAUUUUAUGAUGUUGGAGAAAUUGAUUCCCAAUACUCCAGAUUUUGUUGGAGAGGUGUUAGGUGUGGUACAAGCGUUCUUAUUUCAUGGCAUUAAGGAUUAUUCGGCCACGAGACCACAAUUACUUCGUCCUGCGGCGAUGAAUUUGCCGGAGCGCGUCCACGUGGUCCCAAAAUGCAAGAAUCUUAAGAACCACAAAGCGAGGCCGAAGAAGACAACUGCCAAGAAGAUUAUGUCUGGUGCGAGAAGUAAUGUUCUUUCAGAGCAUAUCGGAAUUUCUAAGUAUUCCAGCGACUCGGACACAUCGGACACGGAAGGCAACAAUUCCGUCCAUGUCGAUUCCAAAGUCAGAUUAGGAGCUGUGUGUUUGCUGCAGACUCUCGCGGAGCACACUCAGAGCAGAGAAAUCUUUGGAUAUUGGCCACAGAUUGUUGCUACCGGUUCACGGAAUGACGCACGAGUGUUGACGAGAAGCAUACUGGUGGAACCUGCGUCGAAAGUCAGACUAAAUGUACUGAGCACGUUGACCGAAUUGCUGAUGGGUGCCAGGCCGUUCCUGAUACAUGCGGAGGAUACCAAUUAUACUUCUUUCAUCACGUUUUUCGGCACAGUAUGUUUGAUGGUCAAAGAGCUGCACUUCACAUUAUCGUUAGUUUUGUUCGCCGAGAAAAACGUGGCCGUCUUGACUCAUGCGUUGAAGUGUACGGCAGCCCUUGUUCAAGGCACGCCGUACGAACGGCUGAAAUCCGGUUUAAUCAACAAAUUAGUUAGAAACUGCAGGCCGCACAUAUUUCACAAAGAUCCGACUGUGCGAGUUGCAGCAUUGUCCGUUUUCGAAGCAUUCGCCUCGAGCGAACCUAUCACUCCGGAGAUAUUAAAUAUAUUAGCUAAGCAGUCUGUGAGUGAUGCAGAAUCAGGAAGACUGCAGUUUAAUGAUAGUUUUGCUAGCGAUAUCGGGACGGAGGAAGAAGAAGAAGAAAUAGAUAUCGAAGAUAUCGAUAAUUCGGUGAGCAGCUCUAAUGAGGUCAAAACAUCAAAAAAUGAGAGGAUCAGUCUGUUGCUUCGUGUCUGCUUAGAAAAUAUAUCUAACAAGAUGAUCAGUACACCUGUACGACUUCAGUCUUUAAAACUCAUAGGAAGAUUGGCGUUUAAUACGGGCAAUCUCGUGUUCCCUCAUUUGGAGAAAGUUACCACAACGCUGAUCUCAGUUAUGGAAGAGUCAGAGAGUCAAGUGGUAUUACACGCGUGUCGGGUCUUAGAGAUCAUGUCCGGUUGUCUCGCAAACACCGAAGUCUACCAUAGCAAUGGCACAUUAUUCUGGAAUAUUAUAUUUGAAUCUAUGAUAUCACUCGCCCAAACAUCGCAGACUAUACUGCGAGAAGCUGUUUGUGACUGUCUGGGUAGCAUCAGUGGAAAUAUAUUCACUCAAUUGUCGAGGCAAAGAACUAUAUUAGUAAUAACGAUACUGUUUGGAGCAGUUCGCGACGAAGAGAGCGCUGUGCGGGCAGCUGGACUACGUGCGUUAGGGAUGUUAGUGACUUUGUCGGCGUUAGAAGACGAUACCGGUUUUCUCAUGGAUCUAGCUGACAUGGUUUGCAUGGCUUCUGACGACAAGAAUCUUGGUGUCCGUGUAAAAAGCGCUUGGGCAUUGGCGAACCUGUGUGACUGUCUCUCUAAGCAAAAGCAGUACGAAGAGAGAGAACCGUUGCCUUUAGAGAUUCUGUUACCUAAAUUAUAUCAAGUGUGUGUCAAAGCUGCGAAGGACAACGACAAAGUGAAAUGCAAUGCUGUUAGAGCGAUUGGAACAAUUUUAUAUCUUUGUUCGGAUAAGCAUAUACUUUCCGACACGGCAUUAGGAUUGGAUGCGCUCAUUAAUUGCGCGGUCUUAGGAAACGACAUGAAGGUACGAUGGAAUGCUUGCCGAGCUCUAGGAUUAGUUCUGGGUCACAACCCAGACUCGAUAUUGUCACCUUCUUGGAAGGUCCAAGUAUUUCCAGUGCUCACUAAUUUGAUAUGUCACAGUCCUAAUUUCAAAGUCCGCACUAACGCCGCAUGGGCAUUGUCUUCGUGUAAUCAUUACGGCGAAUAUACCGUGACAUUGUGGAGAAGUAUCAUUUCAGCCUUUGAUAAUGCUCAGCACGUUCCGAGUUAUGUAGAAUAUUCGCAUCAAGACGCGCUGAUUCAACAACUGUGUCUUACUCUCUGUCGCGUUGCCGCUUGCACAGAAGAAACCGAGUUGCAAAAUCUUUGGAUGGAAAUUGGCGAUCACGUAGGGGAAAUUUCUAAUUUCAUGAAAAAGUACCAGGAAACUGUGCUGCCUGAAAAACUGGGGGAUUUAAUCAGAGCAAGAGCACAAUUGGAGCAACAUGCGAAGAAUGCCCGAGACGUCGAAAAUCGUCAAAUCGCUCAAUCCUUGGCAAACAUAUUUGAAAGAACUAAUCGCUAUGACAAUUCAGAUGUGACACCUACAAUAUAAAUUAAUAAAAACAAGUAAAAAAAGAAAUAAAAAAUUUUCU